CAGAUAUAGUGAAUGCAGGGUCCGGGGAGACCAGAUAUAGUGACUGCAGGAUCCGGGAAGACCAGAUAUAGUGAAUGCAGGGUCUGGGGAGACCAGAUAUAGUGAAUGCAGGGUCCGGGGAGAGCAGAUAUAGUGAAUGCAGGGUCUGGGGGAGACCAGAUAUAGUGAAUGCAGGGUCCGGGGAGACCAGAUAUAGUGAAUGCAGGGAUCCGGGAAGACCAGAUAUAGUGAAUGCAGGGUCCGGGGAGACCAGAUAUAGUGAAUGCAGGGUCCUGGGAGAGCGGAUAUAGUGAAUGCAGGGUCUGGGGGAGACCAGAUAUAGUGAAUGCAGGGUCCGGGGAGACCAGAUAUAGUGAAUGCAGGGUCCGGGGAGAGCGGAUAUAGUGAAUGCAGGGGUCCGGGGAGACCAGAUAUAGUGAAUGCAGGGUCUGGGGAGACCGGAUAUAUGAAUGCAGGGUCCAGGGAGACCAGAUAUAGUGAAUGCAGGGUCCGGGGAGACCAGAUAUAGUGAAUGCAGGGUCCGGGGAGA